AUGGGGUUCUUUAUUCCGCAGAGUAGUUUAGGAAACUUGAAGCUUUACAAAUAUCAAAGUGACGAUCGCUCUUUCCUUUCAAAUCAUUUUUUCAAGCCUUUUUGGAGAAAAUUUGCCACUAUUUUUCCGUUAUGGUUGGCCCCAAAUCUGGUCACAUUAUUAGGGUUCUGCUUCAUUAUCUUUAAUGUAUUAACGACCCUUUAUUAUGACCCAUAUUUGGACCAAGAAUCCCCCCGUUGGACUUAUUUCUCCUACGCUAUAGGGUUGUUCCUGUAUCAAACAUUUGAUGCUUGCGAUGGUAUGCAUGCACGACGCACAGGCCAGCAGGGUCCUCUAGGUGAAUUGUUUGACCAUUGUAUUGAUUCAAUCAAUACGACGUUGUCAAUGAUCCCCGUAUGUUCGAUGACCGGUAUGGGGUACACACACAUGACUAUUUUUUCACAAUUUACAAUAUUGUGCAGCUUCUAUUUGAGUACUUGGGAAGAAUAUCAUACCCAUAAGCUGUACUUAGCUGAAUUUUGUGGCCCUGUAGAGGGUAUCAUCACUUUAUGCACAUCCUUCAUCGCCGUUGGGAUUUUUGGGCCCCAGGUCAUCUGGCACACUAGAGUGGCACAGUUUUCAUGGGAAGAUCAUGUACUUGAAAUUGAGACUAUCCAUCUGAUGUAUGCAUUUUGCAUAGGUGCCUUGAUUUUCAACAUCGUUACAGCUCAUGGAAACGUCGUUAAAUACUAUGAAUCUCAAUCGGACAAAUCUUCAACUCCAAACAAGGCAGCAGAAAAUAUCAGUAAAGCUCUAAAUGGUCUUUUACCAUUCUUUGCAUACUUCUCUUCAAUUUUUACUUUAGUUCUGAUUCAGCCAGCUUUUAUUUCUUUGGGCUUAGUUUCAUCGAUUGGUUUUUCGGUUGCAUUCGUGGUUGGCCGCAUGAUCAUUGCACAUUUAACUAUGCAACCGUUCCCAAUGUUAAAUUUUCCAUUUUUCAUCCCAACAAUCCAACUGUUCGUGUACUCAUUCAUGGUUCACGUUUUAGAUUACCAAAAAGAGCAAAUAGUCCUUGCUUUAGUUUGGAUGGGGUUUGGUUUAACACUUGCUAUUCAUGGGAUGUUCAUCAAUGAUAUUAUUUACGACAUAACUACAUUUUUGGAUAUCUACGCUCUGUCAAUUAAACACCCAAAGGAGAUUUAA